AUGUAUGAGGGGGUGAAGGCUGAUGUCAAUCGCGAAGACUAUCUGUUAGGAAAAAGGAUCGACAAAAACUUUGAGAAAUACUCUGAUGCUGUAGUAGACCAGAAGCCAAAUGCGUUCGAAAGUUUGAUGAACCGGAGAUCAAAUCAAACCGCUCACACAAGUACAGAAUCGAAAAUCACAAACCUCAAUGCUAGUGUGAUUAAAACCGAAGACCCUUUGGUCGCUGUCAGAUUACAACAAGAACUUCGUCGUAAAGAGGCAAUGGAGAACCCUUUGGUGAGACUGAAAAUUCAAAAAAUGCUCCUCUCGAUGGCCACUGAAGGAAAAAAUAAAAAAGAUAAGAAGAAGAAGAAAAAGAAGAAGAAUAAGAAGAAUGAACAUUCUUCAGAUUCAGAUUCAGAUUCAGAACCGUCGUCAUCCAAGAUCAAAAAGAGGAAGAGGGAAAAGGAACAGCGACGAUCUUUGAAAGAGAGGUCUCCUUCGAGAAAAGAUCGCCGAGAUUGCCGUAGUCCUGAACGAUCUAAAAAUAAGGUAAUUCGUAACGAAGUUAGCAACAUUCUCCUCAACUUCAGAAGGAAUCUGAAACACGUUCUGAGACAGCUAGAAAGCGAAGAAACUCCUCCUCUUCUCCUAAAAGGCGAACUUCUGGGGGCAAACAAGAGCGAAGUCGAUCUCCCCGUCGACGAUCUCCUGUAA